AUGUCGUCGUCUACAACGAAAGCAACUUUGAAAGAGCUCAAGAUGUUGUUCGCACGAUUUGGAAAUCCAAGAGUUAUCGUGUCAGACAAUGAAACACAAUUUACAUCAAGAGAAUUCAAAGAAUUUUCUUGCGACAGAAGGCAUAGAACACAUCCGUUCACCGCUAUUUCAUCCACAAUUAAAUGGACGAGCGGAGCGGAGGCGUCCGCAUCUCUACUGAAACUGAAGGAGGGAGAGAGAACGCCGUGCACGUCAAUUCCUGGACAGCUUUCACCAGCAGAAUUGUUUCGUGGACGUCAGAUAAAGACCACCUUGACGUUACUGAAGGAAACGACAGAAGGUGAAAAAAGGACCAAGAAAUGCAAAAAUGGAAAAGCAAUUCAACCGUCACCAGUGGCACCGAAAAAGAUCGUACAAAUUGAAGAGACCAGUUUGGAUUCGAGACUAUCGUCCUGGACACAAGCGAUGGAUCCUGGCACAUGUGAAGAGUCGCUUUGGACGAGUUCUGUACGACGUUCUGACGGAGAAGGUCAGCUGUGGAGAAGACAUGCGAAUCAGAUGCGACUCUCUAUAUGA